UUAAUUUUUGCAUGCGUGUCAGUCAUUGCGUUUCGUGUUGCCAUUUCUAUUUUUCAUUCAAUCUUCGAAAUUUUGGGAACCAACUUCAAGUUUUUCGAAAACAUGAACGAAGAAGAAGCUCCAGUCCCGAUAGUAGCUUUAACUAUGGUCCUUGCGACCAUAGUUAUGAUGGUCGUCUUUUUCUUUUUCGUUGCAAAGAAAAGUAAAGAGGAAAGAGAAAAAGAAAUAGAAGAGACUUCAGCAACAAAGCCGAAACCAAAGCAGAAUCAGAGUCAGAAUGGGAAGCAACAGGCAAACAAAACAGCAAAGAAACCAUUUACAACCAAGAAAAAGGCACACGCCACGUACACUCACCCAUGGUUGCUGACGACACUGAAAGGACACACGAGCACAAUUUUAGACAUGGAUUUUAGUCAGAACGGAAAAUAUUUUAUAACAGUCGCUGAAGAUCGUUCUGCAUUGAUAUGGAGUAUCAAAAAUUUUUCUCACAAAGAACAUCGAUAUAUCAGAGCUGCCAUUGAUGUAGACCAUGCAACACGGGUUCGAUUCAGCCCUGAUACAAAAGCGUUUUUAGUGAGUUUGGCAAGAAAAAACAUUUUGCGGGUUUACCGAAUUGGAAAGAAAAACGAUGGAAGUAUAGGAAACUUUGUGGCUGCAUUUGAUUUCCCUCAGUACAACCAAGCUGAUAUACGAAAUAUUGGUGUUGCUUCCAAUGGCCGUUUUAUCAUGGUCGGUUAUGCCAAUACCACAAUCCUUGUCGUCAGUAUAAAAGGAGACAUCCUUGCAACAAUUGACACCCACCAAGUGACCAAUAGCUUAGCUUUGGUCUCUCAUUGUGGACGUUUCAUCGGAUCAUCUGGUUUCACACCUGAUGUCAAAGUGUGGGAAGUUUGUUUUGACAAGUCUCUACUCUUUAAGGAAGUCUCUCGAGCUUUUGAACUGAAAGGACACAGCGCCGGUGUGAAAUGUUUCAGCUUUAACAUGGACUCCACCAGAAUGGCCUCAGCUUCUAAAGAUGGAACAUGGAAAUUGUGGGACACAGACGUGCAAUACAAAAAACAACAAGACCCAUACCUGUUAUACACUGGGACCUUCCAUUCGAACCCAUCACACAUUGUUAUGUCACCUGAUUCACGAACCGUUGUAAUGUCUCAUGGAAACAAAAUUGUUGUCUUCAACACCUUUUCAAAAAAAACUGAAAUGAUGAUGGAAAAUGUUCAUGAAGGUUCAGUUGAAGGAAUUCGGUUUGACAGCAACUCUAAAUAUUUUGUCUCUAUUGGAGACAGACAUGUUCUUAUAUUCAACAACAUCACUGGCUACAGGGCUGCAAUUGAAGAACUCAAUGAUAAACUCAACCAAACAAACUCUAACGCAGUUACAGAACGGAUUAAAGAACAGAUUCAAGAAGCUAAUGAUGCAUUGCAAGAAAUUCUUCCGAAAUCAUCGUGAAUAUGGAGAUAGUUUGAGACUGAGUACAAUGAAACAUUGCUGAUAAAAAAGACAAAUAAAAAUCAAAUCAACCAUUCUGUCUCAGGGAGCUGCUGAUAGAUCCAUGUUCAACACCAUUCAAAUUAUUUUAUAACCCAACCACCCACCCACCCUCACCACCUUGCAAUUGUAUUCAACUACACAUUGCUGUGCAAUUUUUCCAAUAAAAAAUAAUUGAUUUUCAA